CGACACGGCUGUGCGGGGAUAGAAAUGGGCAUUUCUCGCUCGGGUGAGCGGACCUUCCGCCUGCGCGCUCGCUGUCCCGUUUGUGUUCAUUCGCUGUCGGAACGUCGUGGGCCUCAAGCUUUGACAGCUCCCAGCAUAUAUAGCCUUUCGGCGUCGCGACGAAGGGACACAUUGAAGCCCCCCCCACAUUCGUUCAUGAACUGCACAUCCUCCCGUCCGUCUCCCCACGCUUACCAGAGCGAGAUCCCUCCUCCCAGUCGCUUCAGCGAGCGACACGACGAGGGGAUACACCACAGGCUCCGCGCGGCGCUCAUCUCCGCCCGCAUCCGUGCGAUGCUGCGCGAGACGAAAGAAACCACCCUGCUCCUCCCCCCCCUUCCGACCCAGACCCAGACACCCACACCACCGCUUUCUCCUCCCGCUCGCACCCAUACGCUCUGCCCGAUCCUGCGCACGUCCGACCGAAUCAGCCAUUUGGAUGCCCAGAUGAGGAACGGGCUGCCCCCCGUGGGCCUUCCGGAGUCGCACUACUUUCUCCUGCCGACGAGGCCCCAGCAUCGUCCAGACCAUGGCGCACCUACCGCGCCGUCGAGUUACGCACCGAGUCCAACCCAAGGACGGCAUACAUCCGAGAAGACAGAAUACGCUCUCAGCCCGACUGCGACGGCGUACCAGUAUCCCGGGGGCGUGACGCGCGUGAUGACUGGCGGGGUGAUGCUGGGGGUGAAGACGCCCAAGGAGAGGUCUACGAAUUCGUUCCUUGCUAGAGCUGCCUCCUUCGAGGUUCCCGAAAUAUCCAGCAUUACCCCGAGAAUCCGGCUUAAAAUUGUGAUAAACGACCUUCUCGAGCGAUAUGCCGUCGAGCUAUUG